AUGCCGGCGAGCGUCUCCGCCUACACCACUCUCGAGUCGCUCCUCAUCUUCCAGUGCCUCAAGAGCUAUGGCGUCACCCCCAACGCCUUCACCAAGACGUCGGAGCUGCUCAAGGCCAACCCCGACAUCACCGGCCACAGCUUCUUCCAGAGCGGCCGCCUGAGCCCCGAUGCCCUGCGCAGCUUCUACCUCGAGCGCCUGCGGAGGGAGCUGGACCUCGACCACGCCCACGCCCACGCCCACGCCCCCGACACGCCCGCCCGCCAUGCAGAGAACCCCAAGAAGCGCAAGGCCGCGGGCCCCACCCUGCCCACCGUCCAGGACUCGCUCCAGUACACCCACCUGAUGCCCAAGCUCGUCGACAAGCUGUACGCCACCUACCGCACCGAGAUGCUCGACCACAUCCGCGCCGACGAGCUCCGCUACGAGAAGCUGCAGCGCGACGUGGAGAGCAUCGAGCGCGGCGAGUGGGAUGAGCAGCUGCACGCACGCCUCAACCGAAGGACCCCGUCGCCGCGCAGUCCCAGCCUGGCCAGCAAGUCGCCCCGUGUGCCCCAGAGCCCCUUGCCCCAGAGCCCCUUGCCCCAGCCUGCUGUCCAGAAUGGCGCACGGGGACCAGAGCGACCGCCGCAGACACCACAACCGGAACCUGCUGCUGCUGCCGCACCCAAGACUUCACCGUCUCCCAGGAAGAAAAAGGACAAAGCAUCGACGCCUGCUACAUCACAACACGCCGCUGCUGCCACACCUCAACAACCUGCUGCUGCUGCUGCUACGUCACCAAGCCCCCACCCAACCCAGCCUCAGCCUCAGCCUCAGCCUCAGCUCCAGCCUCAGCUCCAGCCUCAGCUCCAGCCUCAGUCUCAGUCUCAGUCUCAAUCUCAGUCUCAGUCUCAGUCUCAGCCCCCACACCUCCACCAACCUCCACCACCAAGCGCAACAUACAACGGCCCUCCAUACCCACUUCUCUCGCCCUACCCUCGCGGACAGCCACCACUCCAACCCAGCCUCCAGCAAGGCCACGCUCGUCCCCACCCUCAGUCGCCUGCCCCAGGGCCGCCAGGGCCGCCACACCAGCCCCAACCUAUUCAGCCCUACGCGCCCAACGGACCACCUCAAUAUGGACCACCCCACUUCUCCCCCACCCAACGCUUCCCACAGCAGCCGCCAGGGCCACACUCUCCCACCAUGCACACACCACAGCAGCACAAGGCCUAUUUCCCGCACCCGGGCCCGCCAUCUCAUCCUCCCCAGCACUUGAACCACCCACCGCCACCCCAGGCCGGCUUCAUGCUCCCACCCUUCCAGGUUUCUCCUCAGGAUCCCUCGCGCGUCCACCAUCCGCCGAUCACGACACCACAGAACCCUCAGGUGUCCACACCGAUCAACAAGCGAUCUUCCUCUCAGUCCCAUCACCACACGCCAGGCGUCAACGCCAGCAGGCCGGGCGCGCCGCCUAUCCAUCCGUUGGUAACCCAGGCCCGGCAGUCCUUCUCCACUCCACGAAACAGUCGCUCGCCACACAGCGCCAUAAGCACACCACGAUCGGCAAAAACUUUCUGGAAAUCUCAAGCCUCUGCUACACCCGGCGGCGCCCCAGCAACACCGAGGCCUGCCAUAGAGCCCAUCGACGACUUCGUGCCACUGAGCGCUUCGAAACCAAGUCCAGUCAAGCCCAGGUCACAGCGGAAGCCAAGAGGGAAGGGCAAAGCGAAGGAGAGGGAAGAUGAGAAGACGUUGGAAGAGAGGCCAGUGCCGGAAACGGAGACACAACCAGAAACACCCCUACCAACGAGUUCGCUGGAAGUACCUGCCCCCGACUCAGGUACUCGACAAGGGCGGUCACGGCGUAAAGCACCCGCGAAGCGCGGGAGACCUGGUAGUGUUGCUUCUUCACGCGCAGGUGGGUCUAUUCGAGACCGUAGCAGGAGUCGGUCUAUCCUAUCCCACACCGACACCAUAGCCGACACGGACUCCCAAGCCGGCCAUCGAAUCAAAACCGAGCGUAGAGGUUCCAUGGACGAUGGAAUCGAGGAAGAGCCAGUGAACACACCUUCGCAGAUGACGACACGCCGACGAGGCGCCGCAACCACAACAGCGCCCCUCUCAACGCGCCGGAAGCGCAACGCCCGCGAAGCCUCACUCGCAGAGUCCGAAGACACCCCCGGCACACCCGGCCCACCUCGUAUCGUUCUCGCACACCGCAACUUCCACCGCACCUGCCAGCCCAUGCUCGACGACAUCACCUCCCACAAGCACGCAUCCAUCUUCACUGUAGCCGUCCGCCCCAAAGACGCAGAAGGCUACUACGACAUCAUCAAGCGUCCGACGGACCUCUCCACCAUCAAGAAAGCCCUGACCAACGGCGCAAAAUACGUCACCGCCACUGCCUCGGACACGCCCAUUGGCAGCCCUGGCGGCGCGGGCGCGACAAUCGAGCUGCCUGUCAGCAGUGACGUUGUGCCACCCAAGGCCAUUGUGAACCCCGCACAGCUGGAGAAGGAACUCAUGCGCAUGUUUGUCAACGCCAUGAUGUUCAAUCCGGGCGAAAAGGGGGUCGUGGAGGAUGCGAGGGAGAUGUUCGAGUCUGUGCAGAGGAGCGUCUCGAGCUGGCGCAACGUGCAUGGCAGAAAUCAAGGAAGAGCGGAUCAAGGCGAAGGCACGCCUAUGGAGGGUGAGGAGGAGGGAACAAGCAGCAAGCGUAGGAAAGUGUAG